AUGUCCAUGUCAAACGAGGCCUUGCAGAAGGUCCUACAAGAAAUCAGCCAAAAGAAGGCCUUCGCCGAACAACAACUCGUCAUUGUCAAACAACAAAAAGCCGCCCGGACACGAGAAGGGCGUAUGCUGCAACUCACUUCCUCGGAAGUCUCGUCGCUGCCUGCAGAGACAAAGGUGUAUGAGGGUGUGGGCAAGAUGUUCGUCUGUACGCCUAUUCCAGAUGUGCAAAAGAGGCUCCAGGAGGAGAGUGAGGCGUUGAACAAGGAGAUGAGCAAUCUGGAUAAGAAGGAGGAUUACCUUGAGAAGACGUAUACGAACAGCAAGAACAGCCUUGAGCAGGUGCUGAAGGGUGCGGCUUGA